CCUUUAAGUGGGAGGCCAGCUGUGGGUCGCUGCGGACUGGGAGCGUGAAGCCCCCGGCUGUGAAUGAGAGGAGGACGGCGCUCUCUUUCCGCCGACAUUCACGCACAGAGCCAAGGUGUAAGCAGCGUGAACUCCACACCGGCUGUCAGUUUACAACCAACAUCCUGCUCGGAAGAAGCACCGGAACACACCGAACAGCCGGUGCCCACAACCAAGUUGGCUUGCCAGCGUUGAACACAACUAAUAAACGAGGAAGAGGCGGGCGACGGAAGUUUUGUUUGUUUUUCUGGAGGAGUUCAGGACGCACCGGGACUGCGUGGAAUGGUUGAGCCCAGCCCUCCAGCGCUGCACCUCCGCUCCGGUGUGGAUGUCGGCAUGGCAUGUGUUGGUGUCAAAGUAGAGCAGGAGGAGAUCACCAGAGGGGCUGGACUCAUCACCAACACCGCAUCGGCUCUAAAGAUGUCUCCCACUCAUGACUGGGCAGGGAAUCAACAACUUGUAGCUCGUCAACUUACGCCACCGCUCUCCUGCUCUCCUUUGGAGAGCUCUCCAGGUAAGGAGUUGCCACACGUACCAAGCCCAGGGAUGCUCAAGGAGACCAAGAUCCAGGAUCCUUCCAAAGCACCGGCCAAUUCGAAGGAAGGAACUCCAGAGUCUGUGGCAGAGAAGGAGCUCCAGCUGCUGGUGAUGAUCAACCAGCUGAGCGGACUGAGGGAGCAGCUCCUGGGUGCCCACUCCGAGCAGAGGAACAUGGCCGCCCUGCUGCUGGAGAAACAGCAACAGCAGAUGGAGCUGGCCCGGCAGCAGCAAGAACAGAUUGCUAAACAGCAGCAGCAGCUGAUCCAGCAGCAGCACAAGAUCAACCUUCUUCAGCAGCAGAUUCAGCAGGUAAACAUGCCCUACGUGAUGAUUCCAGCUUUCCACCCCAACGCCCAGUCCCUUUCGGUCCCCUCUGACCCAACCAUGAGUUUGCCGCUACAACCCAUCCCGUGCAAACCAGCUGUGGAAUAUCCCAUGCAGCUUCUACCCACCCCUGUCAAGCGGAGCGGUGGUUCCAUCCGGCAGGAAGCCGGUCAGCCCUUGAAUCUGACGUCCAAGCCGAAAGGGCUGGAGAUGGGAAAAGCACCCAGUCCACAGUGCCUGGAGCUGGGGUCCCUGGCCAUGCAGGGCUCCUACAGACACAGAGAUCGGAUGCGGGACGUGUCAGACAGCCCACCACGAUCUGCCCUCAGUUUCCACAGAGACGGUGAUGUGGUCACCCAGGCCAUCCAUGAUGCCCAGCAGCUCCUGAGGAGCCAUAACGCCGGCAGCCAAGAGAGGGAACGAGACAGCGAAACAGACAACAGACAAAUGUUGACAACAGAGAACAGAAAAUUGGAGAACAAAUAUCCUCCGUGCGGUGAGAGACGUCUUCCCUUGGAGUCAAGUGAAGACAGACGCGCCCUGCUGACCACCGACGACCAUCUCAGCAGUGACUCUGAGUGUACCCUACCAGGCCAUGGCAGCUACCCCGAAGCCCGGCCCCCUCCAUCGUCAGGCCACAUCAAGAGACCUAUGAAUGCCUUUAUGGUUUGGGCCAAGGACGAGCGCAGGAGGAUCCUGCAGGCCUUCCCUGAUAUGCACAACUCCUCCAUCAGCAAGAUCCUGGGUUCCAGGUGGAAGUCCAUGUCCAACCAGGAGAAGCAGCCUUACUACGAAGAACAAGCCAGGCUGAGCAGGCAGCAUCUUGAGCGCUACCCCGACUACAAGUACAAACCUCGGCCCAAACGCACGUGCAUCGUGGAGGGCCGCAGGCUGAGGGUGGGCGAAUACAAAGCCAUGAUGAAGAGUCGCCGACAGGAGCAGAGGGCGACCUACACACGGAGUCCAACAGAACCACAGUCCAUCCACUACUCGCACAGCGACGCCCUGUACCCGGGCGGUGCAGGCUCUUCGGUGUCCGUGGCGGCCAUGUCCUUCCACUCCUCCUUACUGGAGCAUUACCUGCCACAGGCCCCGCCCACGUCGCAUCGAGUCGAGGGCCGGGUCACGCCCACCUCUCUACCCGGGGUGAGACAGAAGGAAAGCCGGCAAGAUCAGGCGCCGUACAGCGAAGGGGAGGAAAGCGACGGAGGGGAAAGAAGUGAGGGAGAACUGGUGCUCCUGACAGAUUGAAAAGGAGUAAAACUUAGGGAAAAAGACGGGAUUUAGCCGGUUGGCGAGUGGUCCCUCCUCCCCGCAGUCGCUUCUGAUGACUGGUGGCGGCGUCAAAGCGCUUUGAGUACAGCGAAAGCCGGUUCCCCGUUUAGCAUAGUCCCUUGUAAAUGAAAGACAAGCUCUUCUUACCUUACUCAUUUCAUGUCAAAAGAUUUUCAUUUGAAAGCAGGAAAUGUUAAUUUAUGAUCUCAGAGGUGGAAACGUGUCUUGUCUUGUAUCUGACCUGCCUCUGAAGUCUUGGGGGAAGCAAAGGGAAGGACAAACAAUCCAUGUUUGCACCCGUUUGGGACAUAAUGGGUUUUAAACGGGGCUGUCCUAUUCAUGUGGCGGUGCUGCCGCCUGCUGGUAGAGUUGGGUUAUCACAACACAGACGAACCCUAAGUCUGUGUCUCAAAUGGAAGACUUCACUUUAUCGCGGUUUUUCAAAGAUAUAUGAAUAAGUUCUGCUGUUUCAUGGUUGAAUACGGCCUACUAUUAGUAAAACAAACAAAAACAUGUUAAAGCUAAUUUUGUGCAUUUUUUGCCUCAAUUCAGCAUUUUCUAGCAUAAGAAUGACCUAAAAUACAGUAACUACUGUAUACAAGGUGGGGUGCACGAGGCCAAUAUGCAGGAAUUACGGCAUCAUACCGAUAAAUCCGAUAAAAUUAAAAAUAGCUCCACUUUAAAAAAAAAAAACGGUCCAAUGAGGCGAGAUUACCCGUAACGUGCAGCUGAGCAAAUCAAGUGCUCCUUUUGUCUCCUGCCUUUGGCGGUAACGGCCUGUUGUAACUUCCACAGAGCUCGCUUGUAAACAAACAUUCACUUUCUGAGGAAGAUACAUUUGUUCCACUCCUCCUUACCGCCAGGUGUGCCUAAACUACAGUUGUUGUUGUUUUAAGUAGCUAUCAAAAGGCUAUCAGUACCAUAUCAGUGUAGAGAAGCAGCAAGUUAUAGCUUUGAAAACAAUAUAUAUGAAUAUCUAAUAUAAGGCAUUCAGAAGAUUCGUUCAAGACCCCGUGGAUGAUAUGAAGUAUUCUACACUGUCAUGUUGGGUGAGACACACAAGCACCAGCCUAUUCCAAGUUUGAAUUGUCUCACAACAGGCACAAUAAUCUGUAAUAAAAAAGGUUUUUUAAAGUUAAUUUCCUUGGAACUGAUCUUAUUUUAAAGCCAGUUUACGGGUACAUCCAGACGUCUCGUGCCGAUGCAGCUUCACACACUUCAGACAGAACGCAUAUACUCGUAUCGAUUUUAUUUUAUUUUUAUUUUUAAUUACCUCUGAAAUAUUUUGGUAAUGUUGCCAUUGUGCGAAAUUGGUGGGUAAAGAGUUUACAGUUCAAAGUAAAAUUAGUCCAGUCAGGCAUUCUUUGAUCACUGAUCACUCAAUAGAAUGCCAUAUUAUCAUUAUUAUUAAUAUUAUUAUUAUUAUUAUUCCAUAGACAUCCAUCACAAAUCAAGUCUAUGGUGAUGUUCCUGGGACAAUGCAAGGCAUCUGAACCAGUUGGGGGGGGGGAACCACAGUACGACAGAGUGUUAGGGCCACACUGGGAAAAAAAAACUCAGAUUUCGAGAAUAACAUUGUAAAUCUACAAAAAAAACCUCCCACAUUUAUGAGAAAAUAAGUCGUAAAUUUACGAGAAAAUAAGUCGUACAUUUAUGAAAAAAUAAGUCGUACAUUUACGAGAAAAUAAGUUGCAAAUUUACGAGAAAAAGGGUCAUACAUUUAUGAGAAUAACGUCGUACAUUUAUGAGAAAAAAAGUCAUAAUAUUACCUUUGCCCAAGGCCAUAGGUCACAUAAGUCCCCGCUUUACAUAGCUGUCUCAGGCAAUGCCUGUUGCGACAGAGUAUUAAAAUAAUUGGAGAUUUUGAGAAUAAAGUCGUAAAUGUACAAGAAAAAAAUAGUAACUACGUUACAGGCAUUGCCUGAGACAGCUAUUGAAAGGGGGGACUUAUGUGACCUAUGGCCUUGGGCAUGUGGGCAGGGCGGGGUAAGGAAGGUGGAAGUGAAAAGGGCUAGCCAUGCUAAUCUGUUUGUGCUCAACUGCUGUUUUGCUGCCACGUUAUAAAUAAAAGCUUGCCUGAAGGAAGAGGAACGUUUCCUUCCUUCCUGAAGACCUAGGUUCUAUUUUCCCUCUGGCACGUACGACACCAUCACACGUUAUUCUUGUAAAUGUACGACUUUAUUGUCGUAAUUUUUCCCGACUUUUUUUCUCGUACAUUUACGCCUUUUUACUCUCAUAAAUUUACAGCAUUAUUUCUUGUAAUUUUACAACUUUAUUUCUCAAAUUUCUAAUAAAUUUACAACUUUAGUCUCGCAAACGUACCACUUCAUCUUUGCAAAUUUACGACUUUAUUUCUUGUAAUAUUAUGACAUUUUUUUCUCGUAAAUGUACUACUUUUUAUUCCCAUAAAUUUACGGCUUUAUUUCUCGUAAAUUUAAGACUUUAUUUCUUAUAAUUUUAUGACUUUAUUUCUUGUAAAUUUGCUACUUUUUUUCCCUAAAUUUACGGCUUUAUUCUUGAAAUCUGAGGGGGAGUUUUUUUCAAUGUGGCCGUAAAACUCCGCCGUACCGCAGUACCUUGCAGCAUUAGACUUGCACUAGACUCCAUGUCAGCACUUUCUGACAGUCAAAGGAUUUGGUAUACCUGCCGACGAUACGCUAGUUGAUGCUGAAAACCAAACCUGGACGUGUAUUCUUCAUUUUCUUGAUCAUCCAUGCAAUGAAGCACAGUGAGCAUGUAAGUCCGUCGUGUACGUGAAUGUAAAAGAAACCAUGCAGUACAAAAGCAGCUUCUGCAACGUAAAGGUGGUCCUGAUUUGACCGCUCCGGUAGCCACCGGGAAAAGAAUAACUGCAAGAUUGACAAAAGCAAAACGGGGAAAGCUCAGGGUUGGGACCCGUCUAAGUCAUGCUGCGCUGAAAAGGACAGCAGAGGAAAACUUUCUUUCUUAUUUUGUUGGAGACAUACUACUGAGUCUUUGGUCGUUACCCCUGCUGAUGUAAAUAUAGAAAGAUACUUUAUUUUGUUUUAUAAGAGCUUGUGUAAUUUAAAGUUGUACAUUUUACUGUUUUGUGGGUUUUAUUCUUGCAAUAAAAUAAAUUGGUUGUGUU